AGGACGUAGGCGGCUACGCUGCCCUGCAUCAGUGAAUGAGGCUCCAACGGUUCGUGGGAAAGCUGUACAGAGGGAAUUGUAUAGGCACCAGUCAUCAGUCUACCUGGCCGCGCACCGAUCCACUGAGACGUUAGUAAAGACAUACUCUCGCCAUCACCAUGAAAAGGCCUUGUGAUGAUAGUACUUCUGACAGCGACAUGGAUGAAACUAUUGAUGUCGGCAGUGAGAAUAAUUAUUCUGGGCACAGCAAUGGAUCAUUUAUUAGAUGUGGCUCCCCAACAACAACAACCCAAGUUAUGGCAAGAAAAAAACGAAGAGGGAUCAUCGAGAAGAGACGGAGGGAUCGAAUCAAUAAUAGUUUAUCAGAGUUACGUCGACUUGUUCCAACUGCAUUUGAAAAACAAGGUUCUGCCAAAUUAGAGAAAGCCGAAAUAUUGCAGAUGACAGUGGAUCACCUAAAGAUGCUGCAGACCACUGGCGGUAAAGGGUAUUUUGAUGCCCAUUCCCUGGCUAUGGACUUCAUGAGCGUGGGCUUCAGGGAGUGUCUGACGGAGGUAGCCAGGUACCUGAGCUCUGUGGAGGGAUUAGACAGCAUUGACCCACUGCGCGUGCGCCUGGUCUCCCACCUCAGCACCUGCGCGUCUCAGAGGGAGGCAGCUGCCAUGACCUCAUCCAUGGCACACCACCAGCAGGUGCUCCCACCUCACCACUGGGCCGCAGCCUUCCACCCCCUCCCUGCCGCCUUCCUCCAACAGAGUGGACUGCCCUCCUCAGACAGCGCCACCAGCAGACUGUCUGUGGAGGUGCCCCAGCGCGGCUCGGCCCUACUAACAGCCACCUUCGCCCACACUGACUCUUCUCACAGGGCGCCCUCUAAUGGCAGCGUGGCACCCUGCGUCCCCCCACUCUCCACCUCCCUCCUGUCGCUCUCGGCAACCGUUCACGCGGCGGCCGCUGCUGCUGCGGCCCAGACUUUCCCCCUGUCCUUUCCCGGAGGAUUCCCCAUCUUCACACCUCACAGUGUGAGCAGCACAGCGUCUAUGGUAGCUUCAGCUGUGUGCCCCUCCAUUUCCACCACAUCCACUUCACAGCAGAGCAGAGACCGAGAGGGCAGCAGCAAACCAUACAGACCUUGGGGAACAGAAGUGGGAGCCUUUUAAAGUGUUCGACUUUUACAAGGUCUCAGUGUGGCUGGAGGCCAUCCACACCAUACAGAUAGAGGAACGAUAUUGUUUUAUUAACUAUGGCUUUUUUUUGUGUCCAUGGACUUUUAUUCCACCAGCUUAUUUCAUUUGAGAGAGAGAGAGAGAGAGAGAGAGAGAGAGAAUAAUUAGAUCAACUUAAAAUAUACUAAUGCUUUAGAGCACGUGUUUCCCCAACAUUGGCUGUUUAAUUCACGUUGUUAAUGAGCAAUAUUUUCAGAAUUUGAGAAAUGGAAACGAAAUCCAGCAGAAGUUUUGUUUUGCUUCAAUGUCAACUCUUGGUGGAAAAUAGUGUGAUUAACAAUCACAAAGCAGUGUCUUUAGUUUGGAGUUGCUCCAAUCAAUCAGAUGAAGGACAUUGGAGGAAGAACCACAGGUUUUGGAUAUAAUAAGUCAACACAUGAAUCAAUGUAGUGUGUAUCUACUCAAAUCCAUGAACUAACACGUUUGUAAAUAUGUAUGAAUAUUAGAUGAACUGGAAGCUAUAUUGAAGAUGGAGGAAGACAUAUUUGGUAUGAUGCACUUCAAUUUGCUGCUGGAAACAUGACAGGAGCUUUUUUUCUUUAGACUGUACAAAAACAACACAUCACAUCCCAGUUCCAACUGGAGUUGAAUGAUACUAGUAUAACUUGUAUUUUUAUAUAACCGUUUCUUUGCAAACAGCCCUCUAUGGAUGUCACUGAUUAAACUUUUUUUAUUUUAUAUUUGGCCA